UGGCUGUAGGACAAUGCUCUCAGGGAUGAAGUAACUUAUAACUUCAAAGCUCACCUCCAAACUCUGAUCACCACACAACCACCUAUUGUCGAAUACCCACACCAUGACCACAGAGUUGGUAGCCCACAUGCGACUUUCGCAUUACAAGGGCCUCUGGAAGGCUCUUUACGGCUCACCUCAUGGCUCUGGAGAGCGUAAGGUGAAGCUUCAUCUUACCUCUGCCCAACGUUGUUGCGUCGUCGAGAUGCCCAUUGUCUGCCACUACGAAGACAACCUACCAGUCCUCACUACCCGGGGCGUGUCGAAGUCAGAGUGGCUGGCCUUCUGUAAACUCGUCUCGGAUGAGAGCGUGUUGAAGGUCAUCUUCUUUGACGAGGACAAGGACUUCCUCGCCAGAAUCGGCGCAGUGGGCGUCAAACCGCCCAAGACCGAUCUGUAUCAGGUCAAAUUCCACUGGCAGGAGGACGAUGAAGUUACUCUCGUUCUGAAGAAGGGCAUGAAGUGGAUCGCCGGGAUUCUUGAGUGAAAUGCAAGGAAGCACGUGCUCUCACCACAAUUCUUCACUCAGAUUUCCGCAUCUACUUAUACCUCGAAAAUCUACAAAACAGACUUUUGGGACGAACAACAAACCUCGACUUGAACUUUCACCAGCACAUUCAAAAUCAGCUACACGAAAACCGUUGGCAGUCAGCAUUAUUGCAGAAGUACAGAUCCUAGCCUCUCUCUGCUCUUGAUCGUUGGCUGUGCCAUCGAAGCCUCAAUCGCCGAAGUAUGUUCUUGGGAAAGGGAAAUUGGUCGAUCUCGUCGCUGGAACAGGAUCGAAGCAACAACG